GUUGUAACUGACCCUUGAAUUGGGUUGUUAUUUGCGAUUUUCACAAGAUUUAAAGUUUCUUUUGAUGUGUUUGUGAUUGGCCAUUUGUUAAUUAUUUUCCCCCAUGCAGAGGUAAAUGCCGAAGUUAUAAAAUUACUUAGCGGCAUUCAUCUCGAAGUUUUGUUUGGUUCCUCUUCAACAUUAUGCGGUUAGUGGCGGAAAUUCCGAAAUGCAUUCACAGCUACUCGGGAUGGCGCAGUUAGGAAACCGUAUUAGGUGUGCGUCUUUUCCUUUGUACUUCUGUAAAUCGCAAAGUCAUCAGCGAUAGCCUCCGAGUUGUUUGUACCACAUCAGACACUGUUACUAGAAAUGCAGGCUGAAGAUAACUUAACAGCUGUACUUUAUGGCGUUGGCGAUCUUCGUUUGGAACAGCGACCAAUUCGUGAACCUAAAGAUGACGAGGUUUUGCUUAAAAUUGAUGUCGUGGGGAUAUGCGGAUCUGACUUACAGUUUGUAUACAAUGGGUACAUCGGGAGUUUAACCGUUGACAAACCGGUGGUUCUGGGUCAUGAAGUUUCCGGAACUGUUUGGAAGGUUGGAAGGAUGGUAAAGAAUUUGAAAAGAGGUAAUCGUGUAGCUGUUGACCCUGGAGUGGAGUGUGCUAAAUGCCGUUAUUGCCGUGAAGGUCGAGGUAACCUUUGCAUUAAUUCCAUGUUCGCUGGUGCGGCAAAAGUCGACGGUUGCUUGAGUCGUUUCUACACCCAUCCAGCUAAUGACUGCUAUAAGUUGCCAGAUCACGUAUCUCUUGAGGAGGGUGCUUUCCUCGAAUUAAUUUCUGUUGGAAUUCACGCCUGUAAGAGAGGCGGUGUUGGUUUCGGGUCUGUAGUGUUAAUACAAGGUUCUGGAUCGCUUGGUUUGGUUACUCUAUUGGUAUGCCGAGCGUUUGGAGCCUCGAAGGUAAUCAUGACAGAUUACCUACAGUCGCGACUGGACAAGGCAAAAGAGUUGGGGGCGGACCUUAUUGUUCAAGUCCAUCCCAAUGACAUAGCCGAGGUGGUAAACCACAGGAUCAUAUCAGCUCUUGGUCACCACGCAAGCAUUUGCAUCGAUUGCGUAGGAACCGAAUUAACAAUGUCCCUUGCAUUAAAGGUCACUGCUUCGGGGGGCAUAAUCGUCCUAGUUGCGGUCGGUGGGGGACCUACAGUUAAAAUACCGAUAACGGAGGCAGUAAUUAGAGAGAUAGACAUUCGUGGUGCUCGCCACUACAUUAAUAGCUACUCCAUUGCACUUGACAUGGUGGCAAGCGGAACGAUUGAUGUCAAACCUCUCAUAACCCACCAUUACAGAUUGGAGGAAAUAUUGAAGGCACUUAACACAUCCAGAACACGCGAGGGGGAUGCCAUCAAGGUCUUUGUACAUACAAAUCGCGAUUGGGUUUGUUGAACAAACGAAAGGAUGUAGCCGCUUUGGUGGAAUUGAAAUAUAUCGUUAUACCAUUGAAUAAAGAAUUAUUCAAUGGUUAUACUGAGGAUAGCUAGGUCAAUGAAUCGCAGCUUUCUAAAUAAAUCUUUUAUCUAGC